AUGGAGCGCGGAGAUGGGGCGCGGCCCGGUGGUGGUCCCCCCACCAAUGCGGAGGAUCCGGAGGCCUCUGCCGCCGAAUCGGCCGCCUCCAGCGCAUUUGCUGGAGCCUUGACCUGCAUUUUAUCAGAGAGGCCGUGGCGGUGGAACGACGAUGGGACAUGGGAUUGGAUCGCUCCGAAGAGACGCCCACGCUCGCAGCCUGAUCAUCGGCCUCAUCAUGAUGAAGAAGCAGCGGCGGCGCCCAUGGAGCAGAUGGAUCUGGAUCCGGAGGACGAUGAGAUGGAGGAGAUCGUCAUAGAGGACGACGACGAGGUGCUGGAGCAGCACUUGCCGGAUCGCGAGGAGGUCCAGCUCGAACUGAGCCUGGCCGCGAAGCGCCAGAAGAUCAGCGUGGAGGGGAUGUUGGCUGCCUCAGCUGCUCAGGCAGCAAUGCGGGCAGCUUCGGCUGCUGAAGAGGCCAAAAUGCUGGCGGUGUCAGCUGCCAAUGAGGCAGAAGCAGCAUCAGCCAUCAGGCUGGUGGCGCAAGCUGCUGAGGAGGCGGCGGCGCAGGCAGCUUCGGCUGCUGAGGAGGCAAACGCACUGGCAGAUUCGGCUGCUCAGGAGGCGGCGGAGGAGGCUGCGGCGCUAGCUGCUGAGGUGGUAGCGGCACUAGCUGCUGAGAAGACAGCGGCGCAGGAGGCGGCACUAGCUGCUGAGGCGGCGGCGCAGGAGGUGGCGGCGCUAGCUGCUGAGGAGGCGGCGAUGCAGGAGGCGGCAGCACGGGCUGCUGAGGAGGCAGCGGCGCAGGAGGCGGCAGCACGGGCUGCUGAGGAGGCGGCGGAGGCGGCGGCGCUAGCUGCUAAGCAGGCGGCGGCAGCACAGGCUGCUGAGGCGGCGGCAGAGGUGGCGGCAGCACGGGCUGCUGAGGCGGCGGCGCUGGAGGUGGCAGCACGGGCUGCUCAGGCGGCGGCGCAGGAGGCGGCAGCACAGGCUGCUGAGGAGGCGUCGGCAGCAUUGGCUGCUAAGGAAGCGGCGGUGCAGGAGGCGGCAGCAAAGGCUGCUGAGGCGGCGGCGGCAGCUUUGGCUGCUGAGGAGGCGUCGGCAGCAUUGGCUGCUGAGGAUCCGGAGGUCUCACCCUUGUGCAGCCCGACAAGUUGCGCGCUAGAGGGCUCCCCAUCCUACGAGCCAACAGAAUCGGCAGGUAGUCCGGAUUGCAUCGCCGUGGACUACUUUUAG